GGAAGAGUAAAUUUGAACCGGUUGGGUGUAAUGCCUUCAUAGCUCAUGCCAUGGAUGUCUCUGAUUUACAUUUUUACUGCAGGCCAGAGCAUGUUGGGACAGAGUAGUUUGGUCCCAGCAGCUGAAAAGUACCAGAACAUGAUCUUUGUCGAUUUAAACAUGAUCUUGGAGGACACAUGAAUCUCACAGAGGCUCACUUUAUGAUCGUCCAGACUAGAAUUAUGCUGCAGGAUCACACAGAGAGAAAGGAAGCGAGCAAGGCGUGGCGAGAUGUGGAGGAGAUAGCUAGGGAGAUGAAGGAAAGAGGGAGAAGACGACGUGGGGGCCUUGUUGUCUUGUAUCCAUACCAAGUAAAGAGAAGCAUUGACCUCUCCCCUACAUGGCAUCCCCCUGCCCUCUAUAAAUUCCUAGCCGCUCAACCAAAUACAUCAAAGCUCAUCUCCUUCUCUCCUCUCCUCAUCACAACCUUGAGGUGCAGGCUUCAGCUGGUUGUGCGGUGUGCACCAUGAGCCGGAGCAACGGCAGGGGCAGCCGCGGCGUGAGGAGCGCGAGGCUGGAGCUGCAGCUGAACCUGUCCCCGCCGGCCCCCGUGGGGAUGGAGGUGGACGGCCACGACGACAGCGACUCGUCGUCCCCCAGCUCGUGCGUGUCGUCGGACGGCCGGAGCUCGAGCAGCGGCGGCAGCCCGGGGGGCAAGUCGCCUAUGGUGAUCGGCGCCUGCACGCGGUGCCUGAUGUACUGCAUGGUGGCCAAGAAGGACUACCCCACCUGCAUCAACUGCAAGCAGCCCUGCCUCGUGGACCUCCUCCACGGCGGCGGCGGCGGCAACGUCGAGGACGACAAGAAGCGCGGCAAGCGCAAGUGAAGAAGAAGAUUCACCGGCGCGGUGUGCCCGUCCAGUGGAUGCUCAUACGGACGGUUAGCUCAGGAGCUGACGGCGGCGCAGAUCUCGAAGCACGGGGUGGUGGAGUGACCGCCGUUGGAUCAUCCACUGACAGGCUUUCCUCAUUAUUAGUAGGCUAAUAGCAGCUUAGGUUCCCGUAAGUUGUUAACUAGGUUGUUAUGGGUUGGCAUUGCUCGUGUUUUCAGCUGUAAUCCCCAGCUUAGCUGAAGAAAU